CGGGAGAGCGCGGCGGGAGCGCGCUCGGCCCACCUUCCCCAGGGCGCUCCGGAAAGGGUCCGGAGCUCCCGUGCCUCACGCUGGCUCUCCGCCGGUGCCCCUGACAAGCGGGGAGAUGAGCGGCGGUGGUUUCUGCGUCCUUUGCUCAGAGCGCGCGGGGUCAGAUGCCCCGUGCUCGUGUCGGCAUCCCUGAUCCCGCUGCCUUGUUCCUGGCGUGUGUGUAAUUGGGCAUCUUUGGAGGGAAGCAGAUGGAUCCGCUGCCGAAUCCGUCCCCCCUGGCCACGAGGCUGCGGAACACGCUUGUGCGCUACCACGGCAUUGCGGACGGAGAGUGGAGGGUGGCCAAGAAAACCAAAGAUGCAACUGUGUGGCGUAAACCGUCAGAAGAAUUCAGUGGAUACCUCUACAAAGCUCAAGGAGUGGUGGAAGAUGUUGCUAACAGAAUAGUGGAUCAUAUUCGCCCUGGACCUUACAGGCUAGACUGGGACAGCUUAAUGACUUCAAUGGACAUCUUGGAAACAUUUGAAGAGAACUGCUGUGUGAUGCGCUAUACAACUGCUGGCCAGCUCUGGAACAUCAUAGCACCAAGGGAGUUUGUUGAUUUCUCUUACACCACAAGCUAUGCAGAUGGGCUUCUAACAUGUGGUAUAAGCCUCAACUAUGAGGAGGUGAGGCCUAACUUUGUGCGUGGAUUCAAUCACCCUUGCGGCUGGUUCUGCGUCCCCCUCAAGGAUUGUCCCAGCCACAGCCUUUUGACAGGCUACAUUCAGACUGAACUGCGGGGGAUGCUGCCGCAAUCUGCAGUAGACACUGCCAUGUCCAGUACCUUGGCCAAUUUCUACUCUGACCUCAAAAAGGCACUCAAAUCGUAGACAAACAGUGACUUAAAACCCCGUGCAUUCCUUGCAAUCAGAUUAUAUUAUUUAGUUUUUGAGGUGAUCCUUAGCAUACAUUCCCAAUGCAAGAUUCUUUCUGCUGCUCAGCACUCUGCAGCUGUGUGAGAAAUAUCCUGAACCCAUAAACCCCCGGCUUCGUCCGUAGAAAACACAAGAUGCGUGUGUGCUCUUGAAAAAUGCAGCAUGAACUCAGCUCGAUCCAACAGUAUAGGUGGCCAAGUGCUCAGGAUUUUGCUGGUGCAGGUUGCUGUACCGGCAGCAUCUUACUGAAGAUGUAAUUUUGUUAUAUAUAUAGAUAGAUAUAGAUAUUAACAUUUUCAAUUUGUUUAGUUUGUACAGCUGCAUCUGUAUUUUUUUAAUUUGAUUUGAUUUAUCAUAAGAAUAUUAUAUAGCUAAGUUGUUAAAUGAUACUAUUCAUAAGAAAGCUCUUUGCACUUGUUAGCAAAAAUAAGUGUUCAUUGUUGGCAUUGAUGUUGUAACUGUAACUUACUGUUGUGUAUAAUAGUCUGAGUGCAUAGAUAAAGAAAUGCCCUUACAGCUGAUCCAAAGCUCAUCUAAGUCAUCAGUUGUCUUUCCAUAGUUUUUUUGUGGGCUUUUAAUCACACAGUUGUCAAAAGAGCAAACUUCCAAUGGAUCUUCAGUGAUACCCUGCACUUCUAAAGAAUUUUUUACUUAAAUUUGCAUGCAAUUGUUUUUGUGUGUGUGUGUGUGUGUUUGGUUUUGGGUCUAUGUGUGCGUGUCUGUUUCUUCCUUAACUGAAAAACCUGUUUUUUUCAGAAUUUUUUAAGCAACAGAAAGAGCCAGUCAUUUUUUUUGAGGUAUGGGCCUUGCUGUAGCCAGCACAGACUGACAGCAGGCUGGUGCUAUGGAGUGUUCUGUGGUAUUACCCCUAGAUUACUCAUUGCAAUAAAUGAGAUUAACAUCUUAAAAUGUGAGCAACUGAAGGCCAAAGCUCAGGCUGCAAAAUUGCUCAGAUGUGCUAAAGGGUGGAGGGCCCUUUCUCAAGGUCCAGAUUUUUCAGGAUAUUCAGCAACCUAGUCAUUCUGACAGGUAUGUAGGAGGGGCAUUCAAAAGAUUACUCUGUGCUGCUAGAAACCUGAAAUCUCUUUAAAACCCGAGAUUAGGCUUUUAAUGUUGGUAUGUGUCAUGUGCUCAGGUGAGAUUUUAAUUAUCCCUGUGCUUCACCAGUGCUCACAGGAGUGAGGUUAACUGUGUAGUAGUUAGGGAAGGUACCUUGAAGCCCUGAUAUUUUGGAGCCAGUUGUAUGCACAUAAUCCAAGGACUGGUAAUGAACUCU